GAACGAACGAGAUGAUCUGAACCCACCACGGUCUCCGUCCAAGACUGUGUUAGUGGCGACGGCGAGGUGAAGCGAAUCCACUCCGCGUUCCGAUUUGGGCCGAAUAAUAGCAUUGCUUCCCGAUGCUGCUUCCUUCCGUUAUAAAUGCUUCCCCCUCGGCCACCUGCGAGACGAUGCUUCUGAGAUCGUCGCCCUCCUCCUCCGCCUUCCGCUACGCUGCUCGCCGCAUUUCCGCCGUCCGCAUGGCCGCCACAUCCACCGCCUCCGAGGAGAAGGGGGCUUCGUCCGUAGAGAAAGAGCAGCGGAAUCAGCUUCCGUCGAACCCCCCUCCGUUGCAGGUGCAGGUUGCUAAGCGUCUGGAGAAGUUUAAGACGACUAUAUUCACUCAGAUGAGCAUGCUUGCCAUUAAACACGGAGCAAUAAACUUAGGUCAGGGUUUCCCAAACUUUGAUGGGCCUGAGUUUGUCAAGGAAGCUGCGAUUCAGGCUAUAAAAGAAGGGAAGAAUCAAUAUGCAAGGGGUUAUGGUGUUCCUGAACUUAAUUCGGCCAUUGCAGCCAGGUUCAAGAAAGACACUGGUUUAGAAGUAGAUCCUGAGAAGGAAGUGACUGUGACAUCGGGGUGCACUGAAGCAAUUGCUGCAACCAUGUUGGGGCUGAUAAAUCCUGGUGAUGAGGUGAUAAUUUUUGCCCCAUUUUAUGAUUCGUACGAGGCAACCCUAUCUAUGGCUGGUGCUAAAAUAAAGUCUAUCACUCUUCACCCUCCCGAUUUCGCUGUCCCUGUUGAUGAGCUCAAGUCUGCAAUCACAAAGGACACACGAGCUAUAAUGAUAAACACGCCACACAAUCCUACUGGAAAAAUGUUCAGCAGAGAGGAAUUGGAGCUGAUUGCCUCUCUCUGCAUAGAAAAUGACGUCUUAGUCUUCACAGAUGAGGUUUAUGACAAGUUGGCAUUUGAAGCUGAGCAUAUCUGCAUGGCAUCUCUUCCAGGAAUGUAUGAGAGGACAGUGACCAUGAAUUCUAUUGGGAAGACAUUCUCCUUGACUGGAUGGAAAAUUGGAUGGGCUAUAGCCCCACCACAUCUGACAUGGGGUUUCAGGCAGGCACACUCGUUCCUCACGUUUGCCACGUCGACUCCGAUGCAAUGGGCAGCUUCAGUAGCUCUGAAGGCACCUGAUACUUAUUUUGAGGAAUUGAAGAGGGAUUACUUGAUGAAGAAAGAGAUACUUGUGGAGGGAUUAAAAGCGGCAGGUUUCAUAGUGUACCCAUCAAGCGGGACGUACUUUGUUGUGGUGGAUCAUACCCCAUUCGGGUAUGAAAAUGAUGUGGCCUUCUGUGAGUACUUGAUCAGGGAGGUGGGUGUCGUCGCCAUUCCAACCAGUGUAUUCUACCUCGACCCGGAGGAGGGAAAGAAUUUAGUAAGAUUUACCUUCUGUAAGGAUGAGGACACUCUGAGGGCUGCAGUUAAGAGGAUGAAGGAAAGGCUUCACAAGAGAUGAGUUUCUUAUGCUGUGCUUUCAAUGAUGUGCUCAACACUCUGAUUCGCCCAGGGUUUUUAGGAAAGGAUAAAUUGGCCUUGUUGCCUGGAUCUUGGGAUUGUUCUCCCUUGCUGUUUCUGAAGUGUCCUGUUGAACUGUGAGCUGUUUUAACUUUUCAGAUACGAUGCUUUACAUUUUAA